AUGCUCAGCUUGAGAGCUGUAGCACGGCACAAUGGCUUUCAACACCUUGCGAAGCGAAGCAGACGACACAUCUCGACCAAGACGGUGACCGAUGCGGAUAUUGCUCGCCUAGCAGCCAAACCACUACAUCCCCUCACCCUCGCCGAUCUCUGUAAACAUGGCCAUCCUCCCCUCUCUGAACAAGGCCUGUUCAACAGUGCCAAUUUCACCCUCAAUAUCCUACCCUCACGACUAGCACAUCGGAUCCAGAGUUUAAGAGCUUUACCAUACAUCGUAGUAGCGAACCCGAACGUCAGCAAGAUCCACGGGAAUUAUGUCCAUAGUCUCAGCACCCUCCUGCCCUUUGCAGAAAGAAGGAUAGAGAGCUUGAAAGAUGAAGUGGAGUUCACGGCCGUAAUGGCCGAUCUGGUUCAGACACAUAACAACACCAUAUCGACCCUUGCCAGGGGAUUCUUGGAGGCGAGAAAAUACAUCACCGCGCAGGAGGUCACGAGGUUUCUGGAUGAGCAUUUGCGGGCGAGGAUAGGCACGAGGUUAAUUGCUGAACAGCAUAUCGCUCUCCACUUCAGCAGUCGUCCGCAUCGAGAGCUGUCGGAUGCCGAAAGUGCAAAGGAUAUAUUAGAGGACGAAGAAUCAUAUAUUGGCGUGAUCGACACUGCCUUGAAACCGGCAACCAUCAUCCGCAACUGCGAAAACACCGUCGGCGAAAUCUGCGAGCUCAAAUACGGCGUCCGACCUACCGUUAACAUUGUCGGGAGUCCGGACACGACGAUAGCACACAUACCUAUGCAUCUGGAAUACAUCCUCACCGAGCUACUGAAGAACAGUUUCCGCGCCGUCAUAGAGGCUGGGACGGAGAAGGAACCCAUCGAGGUAACCAUUGCUCCUGCGCCAGCGAAUGAGGGCCAGACGAGGGAGCUCAAGAACAAACCUAACCAGAUCGCUCACGCGCAUCAGGCUGCUAUCAGUAAUUAUGGACAGGGGAGUGUGGAUUAUGCUUCCGGAAGCAACAAACCGGAUGUCUCUGCCUCAGCCAAUAUCAGACCCCUUGGACAAGCCACGCCGGGCGUCACCAUUCGUAUUCGAGACCGGGGCGGUGGCAUAAAACCCGAGAACUAUCAGAAGUUGUGGGAGUAUGGGUUUACGACUUUUAAUGAGGAGGAGAUUAAUGAGAAGGUUUCUGGUGGAGUUGGGAACGGUGCCGGGUUGGAUGUUAUCAGUGGUGGUGCGGGAGGUGGGAGUUCGUUGGCGGGGUUGGGGUAUGGGUUGCCGCUUGGGAGGGCUUAUGCGGAAUAUUUUGGUGGGGGGAUUGCGGUGCAGAGUCUUUUUGGAUGGGAUAAGGAAUUUUUGAUCUGCGAUGGAGAGUCGCAGAGCGAGCUCCCAGGCCGGCUGGAACUCAAGACGAUGCGUCAAGAGAGCCUGGCCAAUCCGCUUGGGCUGCAAAUCACGCUCGAAACGAGAUGA